AUGCGUUCAGUUCCUCACUCUUUUUCUCUCGAAGGCUAUGAAGAUGCGCCACCGCUGCCAAUGGGUUUCACCUCGGACGAAAGGUCAUUGGAUAACUUCAUUCCUGGCCAAGAAUACAAACAUAGCAAGGCUCAUGACGAAUUUGUUGAACAAAGGGAAUGGAUCUCCAUGGUGCGUUCUGAUUCAAGACGGCUGAAAAAAGGAAAAUAUAUCAAUACUUCAUUUGCAGUGUGUUACAUGCAUACUGAUCCAACCCACUUGAAAUUCGCUCGUAAAUUCCACGAGCAGAUUAGGAGGAAGUUUCCCGAGGUAUGCUCUCUUAGAACUUCCCGAUCCUCGUAUAUUUACCCAAUGGGUCUCCAUCCUACAGGUUUUUUCGAAGUCAACAUUUCUGACCCUCAUGAAAUAGGUACGCUUAUGACCUAG